AUGUUGGAGGUGGCGAAGCAGGCGAUGGAGCAAGCGAAACGCCGGAAGGACCUUGUUAAGGCAAUGUCCGCCUGCAAUGCAGGGCCGAAGACGAUUGAGGAAGAUGACAGCAAGCGCAGUCGUGCUUCCCGGACGCCCUCAACCAUUGCGUCCACUCCAUCUACUAAGACCCCGGACCCAAAGGCCAUGAAAAAGGCCCGUGCGAUCCACAACCAGCUCUGCGACCAAACGCAGAUGGAGGUGGAUGACGACCUCAUGGAGCUUUCGACGCAGAUUACAAAGGAUCUAAGUGCUUUGAGCUUGCAAGUGGAGCAGGCAAUCCAAGCGAGUGUCCCACCGCCCAGCGAUCCGAGUGGCCCGGAAAAGAUCCAAGGGAGUGUCCUGCCGCCCGGUGCCGAUCCGAGUGGCCUGGAAAAGAUCCAAGCGAGUGUCCCGCCGCCCAGUGCCGAUGCGAGUGGCCCGGAAAAGAUCCAAGCGAGUGUCCCACCGCCCAGUGCCGAUGCGAGUGGCCCAGAAAAGAUCCAAGCGAGUGUCCCGCCGCCCAGUGCCGAUGCGAGUGGCCUAGAAAAGAUCCAAGCGAGUGUCCCGCCGCCCAGUGCCGAUGCCGAUGUGGAGAUGCGCAGUGUCGAUCUGGCUGACCCUAGCCCGAAGGUUCCUAGCUCAGUACAUCAAGCCCUUCUGAGACCUGGAACUGUGGACAUGGAGUUGCUAGCGGCAGCGAUUGAGAUUGCCAAGGGGGGGUCCGAAGUGCCAGAGCAGACAGGGGGUAUCUCUGCAAUCAAUGCUUUGGAGCAGGCCCUCAAAAACAAGAUGCCCAGAGCAAGCCCCCCUGAGAAGCUUGCCAUGCCCCAUCCUCAAGAGAAGCCUGAUCAAGAAAUGAUUGCAACCACCGCAGACCCGGUAGCAGCUACAACGACCGUUGCCCCGGUACCAGCUUCCGAUGCAAGCUCUGUCAGCGCCACCGACAAAGCAGGGUAUGAGGCCAGGCUGGAUGAGAUCGAGAAGCAGCUCAAGGCCAGGAAUCGUAUCAACGAGCUCUUCAAAGAGUUCAUUAUGUCUGGGGAAGAUUGGGGAUCCAGCCGGGUGAUCGCGAUCGAGAAGUUCACGAGCUCCAAUGAGGAGACUGGCCAAUGGGUUUGGGACACCCGCCAGGAGCCUUGCAUGUAA